ACUGUUAGACUCAAUGAAUUCAGAAGUGAUUACUGAACAAACAUUUGAAGAAAAGGAAACAGCCAAAACAGCAGUUAUUGCAAAGGAUCUACUGGCAGGAACUGCUGGAGGUACUGCGCAACUGUUAGUGGGACAUCCGUUUGAUACCAUCAAAGUGAAACUACAAAAUCAGCCUUGGGUACCUCCUGGACAAACUCCACAAUAUACCGGUGCAAUAGAUGCUGUAAAGAAGACUGUAGGAAAAGAAGGUUUGGGUGGUCUUUACAAAGGAAUGGGAGCUCCACUAGCGUUUGUUGCAGUAUUCAACGCAGUUUUAUUCGCUUCCAACGGCCAAAUGAAGAGAAUCGUUCAUGGUGAGGAUGAUAAGUCACUUAUGACCAUUCCAGAAUUUGCACUGUGUGGUGCAGGAGCCGGCUUAGCGGUUUCCUUUGUAGCUUGUCCAACGGAGUUGAUCAAAUGUCGUCUUCAAGCUCAGUCUGCUGAUUCUGCAACCGUUUACAAGGGGCCAGUUGAUUGUGCUCGUCAAGUAUGGAAGAGUAGAGGUACUCUUGGCUUGUUCAAGGGUCUUGGAGCAACGCUUGGUCGCGAAGUACCCGCAAACGCCAUCUAUUUUUCAGUCUAUGAAUAUACCAAAGGUUUGUUUGUCCCUCAGGGUGGUUCGAAGGAGGAUUUGGGUUCGGGAGCCUUAUUGUUGGCCGGAGGAAUAGCGGGAUUGAUGUUCUGGGGCACAGUUUAUCCAAUAGAUGUUGUGAAGACACGAAUUCAAACGGACUCUGACACACUACCCAAAUUUCGAGGAAUUGUCGACGCUACUAGAAAAAUUGUUCAACAAGAAGGAUUACGUGGAUUGUACAAGGGGUUUCUUCCUUGUUUAGCUCGUGCUUUCCCUGCAAAUGCAGUGACCUUUUUAACCUAUGAAGCAGUUGCACACUUUUUAGAGAGACAGUUUGGUUUACGUUAAACGUCGUUUGCAGAACCAUAAAAGUUAUCUUUAAAAGACUAUUUUAGUUGGUAAUGCGCUUGAUAAAAUAUUUCUUUAAAGA